CCCUGUCACAGGUUCCUCAUCUCAGGUCCCUAUUUAGCCUUGUACUGCAGAGAGCCUCAGAUGGAAUUUGUUCCCCAAAUAAGGUGUUUUUAAACAAAACCUUUUAAAAACGAAUAAAAUCUGUCAACAUUGAAGUUGCUGUUUAGUAGAUAGGAGAGUGCGCUGGAUCUUGUGUAUUGUAUAAUAUGGCCCCCAGCAGCACCCCAUUUAAGCAUGUUCAGAUGAUGUUGGCUUUGUGGACAGUUCUUGCCUUAGUAUGGGCUGUGACAGGGAGAGAGGUCUGCUAUCGUGACAUUGGAUGUUUUACCGAUGAUAAACCAUGGUCAGGAACUCUACAGAGGCCAAUCGCCCGCUUACCGUCCUCUCCAGAAAGCAUUAACACUCGCUUCUUGCUACAUACUAAGGAAAACCCAGAAUCAUUUCAGCUGCUUACUGCUUCAAGUCCACUCACAAUUUCAGCAUCGAGUUUUAAGUCCACCCGGAAAUCUCGAUUCAUUAUCCAUGGGUUUAUUGAUUAUGGGAAGGACAUGUGGCUGCAGGAUAUAUGCAAGGCAAUGCUACAAGUGGAGGAUGUGAAUUGUUUCUGUGUUGACUGGAGUGGUGGAUCGCGCACAGUUUACACCCAGGCUUCCAACAAUGUCCGUGUCGUGGGAGCAGUAGUCGCCCAUUUUAUUGACAUUCUAGUGAAAAAUUUCAGCUACUCUCCUUCUCAAGUGCACGUCAUCGGUCACAGUCUGGGCGCACAUGCUGCCGGAGAGGUUGGAAAAAGGAUGCCAGGAAUUGGGAGAAUUACUGGUUUGGAUCCGGCAGAGCCCUAUUUCAAGGGAACUCCAGCUGAGGUCAGACUGGAUCCAUCAGAUGCACUUUUUGUUGAUGCCAUCCAUACAGAUGGUUCUUCAGUCAUUUCCCAUGCCGGAUUUGGUGGUUAUGGAACGAGUGAAAUGGUUGGACAUCUGGAUUUCUUUCCCAAUGGAGGAGAGCACAUGACCGGAUGCAGUAAGAAAUCGGUUAUUAGAAUGAUUGACAUUGACCACAUGUUGGAAGGAGUUAGUGAUAUGUUUGCGUGUAAUCACCUCCGAAGUUACAAGUAUUACACUGAAAGUAUCCUCUCCCCACAAGGGUUUGUUGGAUACCCAGCUAAAUCCUUUGAAGCUUUCAAACUGGGUGUUGGAUUCCCAUGUCCCAGCGGUGGUUGUCCUUUAAUGGGUCACUUUGCAGAUACAUAUAAAGGAGUCACUGGGAGAAAUCAAAAGUAUUUCUUGAACACUGGAGCCCAAAAACCCUUUUCACGCUGGAGAUACAAGGUAACUGUCCACAUGAAAGGAGAUAGUUACAUGUCUGGGUAUUUCCAGAUUGAAUUACUUGGAAAAUCGAAAUCAUCCGAGAAACAUCAAAUUUACAAGGGAUUCAUCCGCACCGGAAAAUCAUACACGGCUUUCAUUGAUGUGCAGACCGAUGUUGGAGCCCUCACUAAAGUUACAUUUUACACAAUGAACUUGUCUAUGAAAUCAGUGUAUCCUGAGAAGAUCACUGUGCAGAAUGGAACAGAUGGCCAGGUGUAUACUUUCUGUGGGAGCGAAAAAGUCAAAGAUCCAAUACAGACAAUCAAACGUUGUGCUUGAGUUUAGUGGUUUUUUUAACAAUAAAAAUUGUUUCUUUUUGCGUAAUUUUUGUUUUCUCAUUGAAGUACUGCAGACAGAGAGCGGUGCAGACAGCUGACAGUGCAGACAGCGAACACGGCAGAGCGCGAAGAAAGCACAGACAAUACACACAGUACAAGACAGC